CUCCUCCCCUGCCUCUCAUUAUCUCCCUCCUCCCACCACCUUCUCCAUGCCCCUCUUCCGCCGCAAGCACAAGCCCUCCGCCGCCGCGACUGCAUUCCGAUCCGUCGAGCAUCUGCCUGCGGCCGUCCCUCGCGUCUACCCCGACGACGAUCUCGACCGCCGCUUCUCCGCCUCCACCUCCCGCGACCCUCUGCCUCUGCCUCCUUCGAGAACACCAACUGCUACAACUACAGCUACGACUACGAAGACCAUCCCUCCCUCCGCAUCAACCCCGUCCAUUACGCCCAUCGACACCCCUUCUCCCCCCAACCCUGCCCCGCAACCACGCCACCCCGCAAAUACCCCCCUCGGUCGCUCCAAGAGCCAGCGACAAGGCCCCAGCAACAGCAUCAGCAACAGCAGCAGCGACGACUCUCCGGUACUUGCACAUGCAGCAUCCCCCGCACCCACCCUCGAUGCUGACCCUCCCACCCAGUCGUGGCCUUUGCCAGACCAGCCCCUCAAGUCCGCCGACCCCGAACCGCGCAAAUCGCGCCGCAGCAUCUUCUCCCUCCACUCGUCCGUCGCCCGCGAGCAGUCCGGCGGCAUAUUGCAGCGCACUCGCUCCGUGAAGAAGACUCCCCCCACCGUCGAGCCCCGUCGGAUUCCUAUACAACAGCGCCCGGUGUCCGUCGACACCACCUCCGAACCUCGCCCUGCUACCUCCUGGUCGAGGGAGCACGAACUAGACGCCCCGUGGCAGAAGAUUCCGCAGCCGCCGCGUCAAUCUCCCCCGCAGCAGCAGCAGCAGCAACAGCAGCAGCAGCCGCAGCCGCAACAACAACCACAACUACAACAGCAACCCCAACCCAAACCCAAACCCAACCUCAGCCGCAGCCCCAAUUCCAACAAGCUCAGGCUGCGUCCCCGUCUCGCGGAUCGCAAGAAGCUUUGUUUCCGCCCCAGAACCAACCUCAGUCUGAUCCCUCUCCGCCCCAACCUCAAACCCCGACCCGAUCAUCCAUGCCGCAGAACGCAGGGCCCCUCGACACACGCUCCCCCCGUUCACCGCAUCCCUCUAUCCCCCGAUCCAACACCGACUCGGCCACCCAGACCGCCCGGCGAACUGGCCCCAACACAGCCCCAAUUGGACCCCACGGUCGGCGCUCGACCCCCAUCGCGCCAGUCCAUCGGGCCUCCCUCGCCACUACGUCCCCUUCCAAACCCUCCAGACACAGUCGCGAGUGGCAUGUCAGAACGUCCAUCGGGUCCGCCUCCGGGUCAGCCCACCCCCGGCCAUGCGCCGUAUGCAGGAAACACGCAGGAAGCUGGCUUCCGCACCGCGGCGGCACAGCAACCGGAGCAGGGUCGCAGCACGCCCAGCUCGCGGGACAGCCGUCGGGACGCUCGCGAGGAGAGCGAUCUCGACGUGCGGGCGUUAGUCCAGAAGCACGAUGAACUCCAGGCCAAAUAUUCCAAGGUGAAACGAUACUACUUUGAGAAGGAAGCACAGGUGCAGCACCUCCAGAACACGGUAGCCCACCAGCGCAUGGCCGUGUCCCGCACGGUGCUAGACGACAACGAGUACGCCAACCGAUUCGGUCGCCUCGACGGCGCAAUCAAGGACCUGGCCUUUGCCAUCCGCAAGGACUGGGAGACGCUGCCGCCGUGGCUGAGCGGGGUCGUCAACGACGACGCCCACACCGUCGGCACGAAGGAAAUGACGGCGAUCGGCCGCGCCGUGAUGAGCCGAUGGCUCGUCGAAGAGCUCUUCGAGCGCUACUUCCACCCCGCCCUGGAACCCACCUUCAGCCGCCAGCUCAAGAGCAUCGAGAUGAACCUGCGCCGGCAGCAGGUCAAACCGUGCACAGAGGAAGACAAAGAGAACGCCAUCGCGCGCAUCUCCAACUGGCGCCGCACCACGCUAGACGGCCUCACCAACCUACAGGGGCCACAGGCCGACGAACACCGCUCCCAGCUCAUCGACCGACUCAUCUCCCACCUGGUCGCCACCCUCGUCUCACACCUCCACGACCCCGCCCCACCAGGCCUCGACACCGGUGCCCGCAUGAUCGUCGAAAACGCCGUGGGCAUUGCUGAGAAAAUCCCUCUUGAAUCUCGUGAUAUCUGCGUCGAAUACAUCGCACCCGGGUCGGUCAUCCACGAAGGCACCAUGAAGAUUGAAGCGGGGCUUCCACCCCUCACCCACGUACGGACUGAAUCCCGUGGUUCGGACGAGCUCGAUCCGGCCGAUGAAACCGAUGAGUCAGGAGGAGGUGGUGGUCCUGGUGAAUCCAGCCCACCGCAGCAGCGCGAACAACGCAUGCGAUCGGUCUUCAGCUCCCUGAUGGGCCGUCGUACGGGUCCGACGGCGCCUCCUGGCCCGGGCGACACCCGCGUUGUUCAGGAAGAGCGAGAGCGCGGCCCCGGUCGCAUUCGGUUUGCGUCUUUCGUCACCGCGGAGGUUCGAGGGAGGGGACCGAUGAACGUGUUGGUCAAGGCGCCGGUGUAUUUGAUUGAGUAGAUGCAUGAAUGGCAUGCACCUAGAGCACAGCGAGUGGAAAAGAGCAGAACAGGGAGAGCAGAGCAAAUAGCAUGUACAGCGAAUUCAUCUGGUGAUGAGAUGUAUAUUCUUCCUUCCCAGCAGACAUGUGCUUAAAUUAAGUAAGUGGAGUAUCCGUAGGAUAGCUAUAGAUGCGAAGGAU